GAGAUGCAGAACAUCACAACCACGCGGGAGCGAGUGGAGCUGCGGGGCAUGGAGAAGUUCACCAACUACAGCGUGCAGGUGCUGGCCUACACGCAGGCGGGGGACGGCGUCCGCAGCAGCGUGCUCUACAUCCAGACCAAGGAGGACAUUCCAGGUCCCCCAGCCGGGAUCAAGGCGGUGCCAUCCUCUGCCAGCAGCGUGGUGGUGUCCUGGCUGCCACCAGCCAAGCCCAACGGCAUCAUUCGCAAAUACACCAUCUUCUGCUCCAGCCCCGGCUCGGGGCAGCCGGCCCCCAGCGAGUACGAGACCAGCCCAGACCAGCUGUUCUACCGCAUCGCCCACCUGAACCGGGGGCAGCAGUACCUGCUCUGGGUGGCCGCCGUCACCUCCGCCGGCCGCGGCAACAUCAGCGAGAAGGUCACCAUCGAGCCUGCGAGCAAAGCCCCCGCCAAGAUCAUCUCCUUCGGAGGCACCGUCACCACGCCGUGGAUGAAGGACGUGAGGCUGCCGUGCAAUUCCGUCGGGGAGCCGGUCCCUGCCAUCAAAUGGACCAAGGACAGCGAGGACUCUGCCAUCCCGGUGACAGUGGACGGCCACCGCCUGAUCCAGGCCAACGGGACGCUGGUGCUGCGCUCGGUGAAAGCCGAGGACUCGGGUUACUACACCUGCACUGCCACCAACACCUGGGGCUUUGACACCAUCAUCAUCAACCUGCUGGUGCAAGUGCCCCCGGACCAGCCCCGCCUGACUGUGUCCAAGACCUCGGCAUCGUCCAUCACGCUGGCCUGGAUCCCUGGGGACAAUGGGGGCAGCUCCAUCCGAGGCUUCGUGCUCCAGUACUCGGUGGACAACAGCGAGGAGUGGAAGGAUGUGUUCAUCAGCUCCUCGGAGCGCUCCUUCAAGCUGGAGAGCCUCAAGUGCGGCACCUGGUACAAGGUGAAGCUGGCGGCCAAGAACAGCGUGGGCGCCGGCCGCAUCAGCGAGAUCAUCGAGGCCAAAACCCACGGCAGAGAGCCCUCCUUCAGCAAGGACCAGCACCUCUUCACGCACAUCAACUCCACGCACGCCCGGCUGAACCUGCAGGGCUGGAGCAGCGGGGGCUGCCCCAUCACCGCCAUCGUGCUGGAGUACCGGCCCAAAGGCAACUGGGUGUGGCAGAGCCUUCGCACCAACAGCUCCAGCGAGGUGUUCCUGACCGAGCUGCGCGAGGCCACCUGGUACGAGCUGCGCAUGAAGGCCUGCAACAGCGCCGGCUGCGGCAACGAGACCACGCAGUUCGCCACGCUGGACUACGACGGCAGCACCAUCCCCCCGAUCAAGUCUGCCCAAGGGGAAAGUGAUGACGUGAAGAAGUUGUUCACCAUCGCCUGCCCCGUGAUCCUGGCCACGCUGGGAGUGGCCCUGCUCUUCAUCAUCCGCAAGAAGAGGAAGGAGAAGCGGCUGAAGAGGCUUCGAGAUGCGAAGAGUUUGGCAGAAAUGCUGAUCAGCAAGAAUAACCGCAGCUUUGACACGCCGGUGAAGGGACCCCCGCAGGGCCCCCGCCUGCACAUCGACAUCCCGCGGGUUCAGCUCCUCAUCGAGGACAAGGAAGGCAUCAAGCAGUUGGGGGAUGACAAAGCCACCAUCCCGGUGACCGACACGGAGUUCAGCCAGGCCGUGAACCCCCAGAGCUUCUGCACGGGCGUCUCUCUGCAUCACCCAGCCCUGAUCCAGAACACGGGGCCCCUCAUCGACAUGUCCGACAUCCGCCCCGGCACCAACCCCGUGUCGAGGAAGAGCGUCAAGUCUGCGCACAGCACCCGCAACCGCUACUCCAGCCAGUGGACACUCACCAAGUGCCAGGCGUCCACGCCUGCACGGACCCUCACCUCGGACUGGAGGACAGUGGGCUCCCAGCAUGGCAUCACGGUCACCGAGAGUGACAGCUACAGCGCCAGCCUCUCGCAGGACACAGACAAGGGGCGGAACAGCAUGGUGUCCACCGAGAGCGCCUCGUCCACCUACGAGGAGCUGGCGCGCGCCUACGAGCACGCCAAGCUGGAGGAGCAGCUGCAGCACGCCAAGUUCGAGAUCACCGAGUGCUUCAUCUCCGACAGCUCCUCGGACCAGAUGACCACGGGCACCACGGACAAUGCUGACAGCAUGACCUCCAUGAGCACCCCGUCCGAGCCCGGCAUCUGCCGCUUCACCGCCUCCCCGCCCAAACCCCAGGACAGCGAGCGGGGCAAGGGCGUGGCYGUGCCCAUCCCGCACCGCGCCAGCAAGAGUGACUACUGCAACCUCCCGCUGUACGUCAAGUCGGAGGCCUUUUUCCGCAAGCCGGACGCGCACGAGCCGUGCCCGGUGGUGCCGCCRCGGGAAGCGUCCAUCCGCAACCUGGCACGGGCGUACCACGCGCAGGCCCGGCACAUGACGCUGGAGCCCGGUGCCAAACCCCUGGGGCUGCCACCCCCGGCCUCGGCCGCAACCACCUUACCUCAGAGGACUCUCCCCAUGCCCGGCCCGGGAGCCCCUGCCCUUCACCACAGCAGCAUUUGA